AUGCCGACCCCUUCCAUCCCAAGCUCAGCCAGCAGCAAACAGCUGGCGGUGGAGACGGAAGAGGAGCCAAACCAGGAGGCAGCCGAGUUCCGGAGCAUUGCCAUCGAGGUGCCCCCCAGCCACCUUCAAGAGGUGGAAGAAGGGCUGCAGAGACUUCGUCAGCAAUUCGAAGCAGAAAUUCAAUCCAUCACGGCUCGGUUGGGGAGUGUCGAAAAGCAGCUCGGCGUUUCGGAGAUGCUCAGUCCGAACUUCCAAAACAGAUCUCCGAACAGCAGUGCCGAAGGGGUCGAGACAGUGAACGCGGAAGACAGAUCUACCCCCGUGUGCUUUGAGGAGAGUGCGUGGAACAUCCCCCUGGUCCUUGGCCUUGCAGAUGUGGGUUGGUUUGACAACGCCUUUGCAGUGCUACUGGUGCUGCUGAACCUGCUGAUGCAGGGGUCGUUUACGCAGAUUCUGUUAUCGGAAUACUUCAUGGGUGAUCCGUUCGAGACGAGAGUGCAAAGUGCAAUUGAUUGGCGGACAAGCAUAGCCCAUGACUCUCGUUACCUGGACUUGGCCGGCACGAGCCUGGUUUCUCGCGUGUGCGCUGGCGAUGGGUCCUUAAUUCUGUCAACUGUCCAGGCCACACUAAUCCAGCAAAUUAACGAUUUCUUAGGCUUGCAAGCGACAGAAUUUGACUUCAACUUCUGGCAGCCGGGCACUCUCCUGUGCAUGUUGUGCAUCCUGCUGUGGAGCUUGUGUGUCUACAAGGCCACCGGGUUGCGCAUCAAAGCCAGCGCGACGGACUUCCGCGACAACACGAUUCACUGCCUGUCCUGGGGUCGUGCCCUGGCACUGCUGAUCACGUACAUCAUCCGCGCAGGCAUCGCCUCCGUGCUGCUGGUUGCCGGAAUUCUAUGGCUGGCAAGGACAACGUCCAUCGAGGAGCUGAUGCUGAACUCGGUCGCUCUGAACGCCAUCUUGGAUGUGGAUGAGUUCCUCUUCGAGGGCAUGACGCCCAUCAAGAUCCAGCACGCGAUACGAAGUGUCGAGCCCAUCAGCGUCAAGUACUCGCACCGGCGUAGCCAGGUGGAGUCCAUGGUGCAUUUUCUGGCGGUGUUAGCCACGGUCCUGGCUUCGUAUCUGUUCCUCCUCGUGCCUCUCUGCGAGACCAUGAUGACAGUCAAACGCGAGCUGUGCGACGGCCAGAGAAACUUUGUGGUCGCGUACAACACGGAGACGCAGGUUUCCUGGGGCAUGGACACAGAGGACAUUGCUACGGUACGAGCUUCGUAUCAGCUUUCACCCAUCGAACGGGCCGUAAUGGCUUACAAAGGCACCCCAACGAGUCUGCAAGAAGACUGGCCGCGGACCAUUUACUUCUCGGACAACAGGAGAACUUUCAACACAGACCUUGCUCGCACGGUCACUAACCUUGGCGAGCAGUUCCCAUUCUGCAUGGAGACGACUGUUCUAAUGGAAACUGGACAGCUGCAUCAAGAUCCCGCCUUGCAGCCAAUCGUUGAACUUUUCUUUCGGAAUGCUGCUUCAGCCCUGGGACGACCGAAUGCCACGACCUGCGCGGAGCUAGCUGAUCUUUGUAGUUUGCCAGAUGCCCGACUGCUGCGUGUGACCUGCGGCCAAACCUGUGGCUGCACCGACGCUGCAAGCUCUGCAUGGCACAAGGUGCAGCCUAUGGGAUGUUCCGGCACGUGCUUGGCCGAAGCACAGGCCCAGCUUCAUUCCAUGUCCUGCGAUGAUGAUGUUGUCAACGAUACUGGUUGGCAUGCCUUCUGGCAUGAGUACGAAGGAGCUAUCAUCGGACACUAUGGAGAGGGCGUCACCGACACCCAGUUUUUCGCACUCAUACAAACCAUGGCCCAGGAUUUCUUGUCCUAUGGGUGCUCCGUCCUGCAGACACUUCCUUCCGAGAUCUUGACCGGUGUUCCUUGGUGUGACGGCCAUCCGCGGCUGUUCCGCCCUUUGGCCUCCAUGUGCCCAGUCCAGUGUGGCUGCCGCGAUGGACGGCCGGCAACUUUGCCGAACGGUUUGCCGAGCUACUGCCCAAGCAGCUGCUCAAACAGCACGACCCCCUGA